AUGUGGCUUGAGCUUGUUGUCGUGGUUCUCUUGUAUUGGUAACUUGCUCAGCCGCCAGCGGAAAUACGAAGCCAUAUGCGGAUUGUAUGCGGCUGCUCGUCAUUAUAGUAGUUGUGGAUUGUGGACUCUGGCCACCAGAUGGGAGACAUUUAUACUGCUCUUCCCUAGCCCUUGCAUUUUCCCAAUCGCCCCAUCAUCCGUUCCGUUCCUCUCGAUCUAAACCCAUGGCACCCCCCUCUUCCUCCAAAAAGUUGAAAUUUAGCAAACAACAAUAUUUCACCCCGGAUAUCUCACGCCGCGGAUGGACUUGCAACAUCUGCAUCCCAAGGCGCACCAACCAAUUCUACUUCACGACCAUGCAAGCCGCAGUUCGACAUGAAAACGCAUCCCCUGAGCAUGCACAGCACAUCUCCGAAGCCGAGUGGUGGAAACCACGAGACGAUGACGCCUGGGGAGCGCCCGAGCAGCCUCCGCUAACUUCCGAUGGCCUACGCACAUGGGAGAUGCAGACCCACGUGGAUCAUGUGUUUGAUCUUGUGCCGUUCUGGAUCCGCGGGGUGGAUGCUGCGGAGAGGGGCGAGGUGCUGAGGAUGGAGGAGUUCUUGCAGAUGAUGGAGGACGAUGGCGGAUGGCGGACUUCGGAUGAGGUGUGGGGGAUGUUAGGAGCCUGGAGGAAACCGAAUCAUGAAGUGGGGAGUGAUGGGUGGGGGCGUGAAGCGGAGAGUGUUGGGUGGGGGCGUAAAGAUGAUGCGUCUGUUCCUAAAGCUGCUGGUACAGACUUGACAUCGGAAGAGCAGGAUAAAGGCUGGGGCGUAAUAGAGGACUGGGUGGCCCCUCCUACCAAUAGCUCUCCCUCCCACCAGAGACAAGAUCUCAGCUGCGCGCAUCCUUUUGUAGAAGAUAUCGCUCUUCAGGAAGCAGCAGAUGAAGAUAGGCGACGAAGGAUGCACCGCUUUUUUGAAAUGCCGACGGAACAGAAGGUGCUGAAGAUUCAGGAGAUGAUCCGUUAUCUUCACGCCCAUCCUGCCUAACAGUCACUCGAUGCCUGAUUGUUCCGGUUCUCGUUGUUGUUGUCCUGCUCUCAUCUUUCGCCGGCUCGUAGAUGUUUCUUGCAUGCGGUCACGGUCUGCUCUCGCUCCAUUGCAAUAAUCUAACUCCAAGCACAUCUGAUAUACCAUGGAUUUCUUCCACUACAAGUAAUUUGUAUUUGUAUUCUUGACAGAUUCAACAGUGAUUAUGGAUCUAUCGAAGUUUGUUCACCUUCCAGACGAGGUCACGGCGGUGAAUACUUCUUGCCGGA